CCCAAUACAAAAAUUAAAAUCCAGCCCAUCAAAAAGUAGAAGGCCCAUAUAAACUCCAUUUGGGCUCUAAAUGGGCCCACGUAGGGCCCAUGCUACUACAAUGUCUUGAGCAUCAAGCAAGAUCAACGGUCGGGAUUGCUUCGCCGAUAAACCGGCCCGUAUAAAACAGAGCGGCAAACAGCGACGAGAGUGGGAUCGACAUUUCUGGCAGAUCUGAAGGAGGGAAAAGAGAAUAGAUUGGGAUCAUAUUCGAAAUUGGUAGUUUUCGAAGAACGAAGAGGAAGGCUCCAGAAGAAAAUGGUGUUGUGGGAGUUAACGUUGGGAACAGCGUACUUCCUGGGACUGAAGCGGACUCACAGGCUCGCGUUGAAGAUCCAACGUCGGAUCGUCGGAUCCAAGCAUCCUCGGAUCCGACAGUUUCUGCACCGGAGAACUCGACAAGUCUUCGAUGUGGCGCUCAAAGUCCACAAGAACAUCCAGCGCAGAGACAUAAAAGUUGGUCGGAACAUGGGUAACUGGAUUUUCCGGUGGCUUGACCGGAUGAAGCCAGAGGCUGAGAUUCACUCUCCACCAGAAAAACUACCACGCCAUGCCAACUCGAACAUGAACAAGGCAAAGAAACUAUCAGAAUUGUUCCAUCUCAAAUCUCCGCAGAACCGUGAAUCAGCUCGGCAUAUGUUCAUGUCAUCGAGGAAUCUUUGGCCGAAAUCAUUCCCUACCAUCCCCAUGAUGAUCCGGCCACCAAGACCCACCGGAACUAUGAUUCGGUACAAGCAUUACAGCAUCAGUCCAGGUAAUAAUCCGAUUAAACCGGGCUAUACUAGAAGCGGGUUUGGCAGUUUCGUCAUCCGCAAGGACAUUCUGCAGUGGAUGAUUCAGAAAUGAAGCUUCAGAAUCACUAAAGUUCCAACCUUUUUCUUAUUUGAACUGUUCUGAUGCUUUUUGCCACUUCCAGUUCUAGCGACAAUAGCGAGUAGUUGUCCAAACUGUUCUUCUGGUCUAUGCUUGGCUUGUUCUUUUGAGACCCUGUAAUGGAAAUCAAAGAUAGUUUUGGACAAUCAAGUAAGGAUCAGACCAACAUUUUGGACAAAUCCUAUGUAAAUCGAAGAUAGAUGUCCUGUUACUGUCAAUGGAAGCAUUCCAAGUUUUCUGCUCU